UUGAUACCUUUUCAUACAAGUUCUGAAUCCGUAACCCACCCUCCACCACCUCCCCCACAUAGAUUCAAACGCUUCUACAAACUGAGCUACAAAGCUUCGAAGAGGCUAUACCAAAAGUGCGAUGAAAGUUAAGAAUUGUUUGUCACUUGAAACUCUUUAGCUUCUAGUUUGGAUCAAGAGAUGGUGAACAUUUUGGCAAGUUUAGCUGAGGAACCCCGUCAGCCGUGUGCCAGCCAGAAAGCUCAAUUAAGUCAAAGUAUCAUACUGGAUCAGGAUGUGCUGUGCAACGAGGAAGGUAAUGAAGACGAGGAGCUUAGUGAGUCGGAGGAGUCUAUUCUGAUGUCACAGAAGGUCUGGGACGAUAUUGAGGUGGCACUCUCUGAAGUGGAGAAUGUUGACGACCAGGGUGAUGCACAUGUCAAUGACAGUCAGUCCGUCAGGCCCUCUCAGUAUGACAUGGAAGGAAUGACAGAUACGUGGAUUGGAUCUUUCUUAGGUGAGAACAUUCCCCAGUUAGAUGGGGCCGCAGAUGAAGAAUCCUAUGGAAAGGAAGACUUCAAAAUACAGCGGGGAAAACCGAAAAAAGUCAAAACCAAGACAAGUCUUAAUGUGGAUGAUAAAGUGUCAAGAGAUGUAAGUCAAACCUCAACCUUGAAUCUCAGAUCCUCGGGGGAAAAUGUAAAAGAAGAGAAAAAUGAGACGAGCGGAGAGUUUUAUAGCGUAGAUGUUUGGCCAAAAAAAGGACUGGCAGUUCGUACGUAUUCGAGGAAGAGUAUGUCUGUUCCAAAGAAUCGAAAGACUCCAUCGCUGAACGUAGAAAUGGUUGCAGUGAAUAGUGACGAAGAAAAACAGCAGGAGAAAUGCGGAGAUGAAUUUAAGUUGUUUCUCAGUGAUUCGAGUGACUCUGAAAGUGAAACAUUCAAGGAGAGGAAUGUAGGGUCCAAACAAAAUGAGGUGAAUGUGUAUCCUCAGACAAGACAAAUCCCAGAAGAGUUAAAAACUAGCAGGUCAGAAACCUCUACUACUCGGAAUUCUACAGGAACGUCGAGCGAGAGUUGUACUCCAGUUAUAACGAAGUAUUUUCACAGCCCUGUUAAAAACCCUGAACGCACGAAAAGAACCGACUGGUUUCACCCGCACUCUGAGGGGAAGUCUUUAACACCAUCGGAACAAUCUGGGGAAGAAGUGGUACCUCAUUAUUCCAAACAACAAAAAUUAGAUUUGCGUAAGAGUUCUUUUCGGAAAAGAAAGUUGACAGAGGUGGACAGGAAUGAAGAAAAACUUUUUAGAGGAAUAGUUACGCGGAGAACAAGCAAGAAUUUAGAUGUAUUGGCAUCUUUGGGUGUUGUUAGUGACGCCAUGAAGGAUUUGACAGUUUCGCUGCAAGAUAUCUCUCAUCAGAAAAUACUGAGCUCGAAGCUUAACGAAGCCAAACAACGUUUGAGAAAAAGGAAUGAGAGUUAUACAUUUAUAAGGGAGAGGUUAAAAAGCCCCAAUAGAGAACAGAAACUACUUGUUGAGCGAUCGCCUCAGCUGAGCAAGAAUGAAAAGUCCCCUUUGUCGAGGAAGAAAAAUAGUUCUCCGAGGAGAAAAGAAGAAAGGGCGAAGAGGUUCGGAUCGAUACCUAUUGUGAUUGAAAAGUCGCCUAAAAAGAAUCAAGUUCCGGUUAACAAUCUAGUCCCAGAUACGAAUCGUCUGCUUACGGAGACAUCAUCUCCAAAUCUAUCUUCUGCACAGAUUUUAGGUCGUCAGGACUGCGAUGGUAGCGAUCCUAACCUCAAUUGCGGGAUGGGACGAGCCUCGUUCCCAAACAGAGCACAAGUUUUGAGACUUCUGUCCUCUCAGUCAACUACUUCUACAUCCUCUGUAGGUAGCAUACAAACUUCCCGUAUUCCUUCUGUCUCGUCCCGUGCACUGACCCUUAAAUCUGAUAGUAAGCUCAGGGGAAAGUCCCACAAUGAACCGGGGAAUGUUUUGUCCUUGCGAAAGGGAGGGCUAAAGCGGAAGCUUAUGAUGGACACUGGAGAAAAACAAAUGAAGGCAAAACCAAGGAUAGACACGUGUGGUAUUGGAAAGAAAAGAAAGCUUUCUUUAACACUUAUCAAAGCAGAUAAAACUUGUCUUGAUGAGAAGAAGGAUUGUGACAAGGAAACUUUGGUGACAUCCGCAGAAAAUUGUUCCGUCAAAGACUGCGAAUCCGUUUGCGAGACUGACGACUUUAUCGGUAAGAUUCAACUUGACACUGAAGACAACGCUACUUUUUCUCGCUCUGAAGCUAAAGUUAAAUUGUCUUCAAACACCGGUGUGUUGGAGGACAUUACCUGUAUACCAUCCAGUCCGGUUGACUCUGACUCGAACGAUGAUUCUGUGAAUAAUUCUGAUUCUUCAGCGACCUCCGCUGAGUUGAAACCUCUUUCGUUGCCGGCUUCAUCAUACGGUAGAGUUAAUGAUUCUGGAGAUUCGUCUGUGUCUAAUGAAAAUCAGCGCGAAGCGUUUGAUAACGUUUGUGACAACUUAAAUGGCCCACAACUUUUAUCCCAGGAACUGUUUCCAAAAGAAAGAGACACGGAGUUAUUAGCUAAUGCUCUUUUUAACAUGUCUUUUCCGUCGCCGUUGCCAUCAAGGCGAUGUUGCUCCCCUCCUUGUCCGUCUUCGCCAUCUGACGCCAACCGACAUUCAAAUCAACUCGGGAGUGAAGGGAAGAUGGUGGAACAACAGUUUUUUGUCGCUGCAAAUAGCAGAAUUGUUAACGAAGACGGAGACAGCGUUUUAAGAAAAGGCGGAAUGUCUACAUCUUCUCUGAGUCCCGUUAAUCGAACUGACCAUUGUAGCUUGGCGGAUGGUCACCCGCGCGCAAAGUUUUCGCUUCUGGAAACAGGUCCUCGACUCGGAGAAACACAGACUUCAUUUGAAAGUACUUCCAUGUUGUAUAACGAUGCGGAAGCGUGCGGACAUGUUGAAAAUAGUUAUAAUCGCUUAAAAGGAGUUGAUGGCAAUCUGAAAAUGGUUGGUGAAUCUUGGAAAAGCCAUGUUAAUAACAGCAAGCCGAAGGCAAAAGACGAACAGUCCUCAAUGGAAGGGAAUGUUACGGGGAGAGAAAAGGACUGUACAUUCAAUUUAGGAUCAACAGUUUCCGAAGAAAAACCGUUCGAUAGCAGUAGUAACCGUGUAACUAAGUCGAAUGCAUCAGUCGCUGACACAAGAGGGCCAGAAACAGAAAGAACUCCUCUGCAGCGAGAAUGUAUUCCUGAAUCCGCUGAAGCACGAGAAGCAGACUUUGAACAAGGAGAGCUUGUGCUAAGGAUGAAUGUGGCAGGAAACAGUUCAACUCAUAUCCAACUAGUACAACAGUGUAAUCUGCAAAACGAAGAAAUGGAAAUUUGCGUGCAGGGCGAUAGUAGAGAUAGGACAGUCUGUACAGGAAACUCGCUUAACUGCCGUUUAGCCGCCGGAUUGCAUGCAAAACCGGACAGAAUUUACAAGAGCAGUAUUUCCGGUGCAAAUGCUCCACAGAAUGACAGUUUGUCACUUGAGUCAUCUAAGAGCGACAGCUUCCAGAGUAAAAAUGUUAUAGCCUUUGAACCUUUAAAGCGGCCACCUACAUCCGAAGAACUUUUAAACUCGCUCAAGGAUUAUGGGCUUCCUCAGUGCAGGUAUCAACAGCCUUUUUGCAGUGACCCGGAUGACGUCCCGUCAUGCCCCAGGGAAGUAGGCGGACGAAUUUUGAGAAUCGAAUCAAAGAAGGUUUCAAGCCUUCCAGAGUUUGAAUCAGCAGGUUCUUUGCAAGGUUUGAAACACUGGAAAUUUGUGCUCUCAUCUGCUCUUGAGGUUAGCCUUUAUGACCUUGGCCAAACCGUUGAGGAUGCAACGGACUUCAAAAAAAAUGUUGAGCUGAGGAUUUCGUUAGUGGGAGACGGAGAUGUAGUGGUAACACCAUGUCGGGGCCCGCCAACGCCUCAGGCUGUCAAGGCCUGGGCACGAGAUAAACUUGCCAAACGGAGACAAGGAACGAGUUUGAAAAAAGCGAAACGUGAACAGGGGACAUCGAAAGAUGAAAAUUUGGAGAAAGUUGAAACUAAACAAUCAUCAAAUCCGACAAAAAUAAUUGCAGAGGUUUCAAAAACUUCCAAACUCGAACUGAAUCAAGCCAUACCGGAAUCAUCUCUGCCAAAAAUUCCUUCUGAGAAAAUCACCUGCGAGUCAGGUGCGCUCGUUCUAGAAGAUCUUCCAAAACACAAGGUUCUUGACGGUGUUGAUGGAGAUAAAAAGACGAAUGUUGUAGAUCUGUCCGAUUCUUCAAGUCCUGCUGAAGUAGUUAGUCCUGGCAGCUUGUUCUCGUCAAACGAGGAGAAGCUGUUUACACUUGCAUCAAGUUUUAAACAAAGUGAAAAACACAAUCUUGGCGAAAUUUCAGGAACGCAACCGAUAAGUAUUAAUAGCAGUCUUGGGCUUGCUGUUCCUGAUGAACAACUUCAUCAAGCUAACAGUGUUACUACAGAAACAAACUCGCCGCCAAGUACAGUCAUGCAAUCCAAGGCAGCCACGCCACCGGCACGAAUUUCUUCAAAAGGCUCUCCACAGCUAAGCCCUCUAACCAUAAAACAAGUAUUAUCGCCGACAUUACAAACUCAAGAUUCCCCCGCUGCUGCGCCACAUCACAGCACCCCGGUGGCUACAAAUCUUGUCUAUGGCCUUCGGUCGCCCCGCUGUACUCCAAUCUCAGCUGCUACUAAUGCGAAGAGUCCGGAGACAAAUGCCCAGAAUCCUGUGAAGGGCAAUACUGGUCACCAGGCCUCUACGGACCAAACUCCUUUGCGGCAGCAAAUGCUGGCCAGUCGAUUCAAGUUCGUCACACCAGGAUCUAAACCAAGGUGCCAUUUGCCUUGGAGCUCACAGAUCGAGGGUCCUUCUCCUAACAACACGUACGGGUUUAAGGUUACUCAGAUAAACCUCAGGGACGCCAAGGCCUUACACGAGGUACAACAUUUGACACUGUUUAGCUUAGAGCUCCAUGUAAGAACCAGGCGUGACAUGAGACCAGAUCCGGAAUUUGAUCGUAUUUGUGCGGUAUUCUACUACAUACAAACUGACACACCCCUUCCUUCGGGAAAAAACAAAGUAACUGGAAUCAUCUGCGUGGAUCCAGAAUCUGCCAAGAUUUGUGGCUUCACAACUGAAAACAAAGACACAGGUAUUUCGAACACUGACAUUACAACGCCAGUUGCGCCAUCAAACGAUACGGUAGUAUCAACCUCAUCAAGAGCUACACAGAACACCAGAGCAGCUUACUCGAGACCUCUAUUAUCCCGGUCGGGAAUCGCACAUCACGAUAUUCAAUACGUGGCUGAGGAGAAGGAUCUGUUCCCUGCUUUGAUCAAAAUAAUCCGCAAAUGGGACCCUGACAUUUUGAUUGGAUAUGAGAUACAAAUGUUCUCCUGGGGAUUUCUUUUGGAGAGGGCGUUGUUCUUCGAGAUCGACUUUUGCAGUUGGUUAUCGCGCGUAAAAGGCUCGUCCUCUGACAGUAAUAUGGACGCUGAGAAAGACAACUGGGGUGCUGCGCAUACAUCUGAGUUUAAAAUUGCUGGACGCAUAAUUUUAAACGUCUGGAGGCUCAUGAGACACGAGGCAGCCCUAAAUAGCUACUCAUUUGAAAACGUAGCAUUUCACGUUCUUCACGAACGAAUACCGCUGUACUCCUUUCGCACGUUGUCAGACUGGUGGGAUCAGCGAACGUCAUUAAAUCGCUGGAGGACUGUCGAUCAUUACGUCUUGCGUUGCCGUGGUAAUGUCAGGAUAUUAGAAUCCGUGGAUUUCAUUGGUCGGACCAGUGAACUGGCAAGGCUUUUUGGAAUCUUGUUCUUUUCCGUCAUAUCUCGUGGAUCACAGUAUCGUGUCGAGUCCAUGAUGCUGAGGAUAGCAAAACCAAUGAACUAUAUUGCAGUUUCUCCCAGCGUCGAACAACGUGGACUAAUGCGUGCCCCAGAAACAAUUCCUUUGGUGAUGGAACCAGAAUCCCGAUUCUACAGUGAUCCAGUCCUGGUCCUCGAUUUCCAGUCUCUGUAUCCAUCAGUGGUCAUAGCUUACAACUAUUGUUUCUCCACCUGUCUUGGGCGAGUCAGCUGUCUGUCGGAGUACGGCGAAUUCAAGUUCGGUGCCACCUCUUUACGUGUUCCUCCAAGUCUUUUGAAAAAACUUGAAGGUGAUAUUCAUGUCUCGCCAAGCGGUGUCGCGUUUGUCAAAUCCAACAUAAGACGGGGUAUUCUUCCCAGUAUGUUGGAGGAGAUCCUUGAGACACGAAUCAUGGUGAAGGCGUCAAUGAAGAAGUGGAAAUCAGACAAGUCCCUCGGGCGAAUGUUAGAUGCACGUCAACUGGGCUUGAAGCUGAUAGCAAAUGUGACGUUUGGGUACACUUCUGCUCAUUUCUCCGGCAGGAUGCCUUGUGUAGAGAUUGGCGACAGUAUCGUCCGUAAAGCGCGCGAGACACUUGAGCGCGCAAUUGAUCUCGUGAACAACACUCCCCGCUGGGGUGCGCGUGUCGUGUAUGGAGAUACUGACAGUUUAUUUGUAUUGCUAAAGGGAGCCACCAAAAAACAAGCGUUCAUUAUUGGUAAAGACAUUGUGGAUACUGUCACAGCUAUGAAUCCCAAACCAGUCAAACUCAAGUUUGAAAAGGUUUAUCUGCCUUGUGUGUUACAGACGAAGAAGCGUUAUGUCGGAUACAUGUACGAGACACUUGAUCAGAAGGAACCCGCGUUUGAUGCUAAAGGGAUUGAGACUGUUCGCAGAGACUCCAUUCCCGCAGUGGCAAAGAUUCUUGAAAAGUCGCUGCGAAUUUUGUUUGAAACACGUGACCUGUCCCUGAUCAAGAAGUAUGUCCAGCGGCAGUGCACAAAGUUGAUGGAGGGACGUGCCAGUCUCCAGGACUUCACUUUCGCCAAAGAAUACCGCGGCAUGAAGAACUAUAAGCCAGGUGCAUGCGUGCCAGCUCUGGAGCUCACGAGGCGCAUGCUUAAAGUCGACCGCAGAUCGGAGCCAAGAGUAGCAGAAAGAGUUCCUUACGUAGUGGUGUAUGGAAGUCCAGGAUUACCAUUGAUUCAACUUGUAAGACGACCUCAGGAAGUGCUCCAGGAUCCAAGCCUUCGGUUAAACGCGUCGUAUUACAUCACCAAACAGAUCUUACCACCGCUCAAUCGCGUCUUCUCUCUCAUUGGCUUAGACGUGUUCACAUGGUACGCGGAACUCCCACGUGUCGUACGAGUGGCGCAGAUACCUUCGGAUCCAGGAGAAAGAAAAAAGGGCACUAUUUCUCAGUACUUUUCAACCAUGGCAUGCCCGGUUUGCCAAGACCUCACUCCCACUGAUCUGUGCGCCAAAUGUCGAGGUAUGCCCCGGCGGUCAGCUGUUAUACUAAUCACCCGCAUGCGCGGUUGGGAACGAACGUAUCAUCACCUAGCAGAGAUUUGUUACGGCUGUUCCGGCUCACGUGAUACCAAGUUACGUUGUGUGUCUUUGGACUGCCCAGUAUUUUACAAGCUCGUGCAAUGUACACGUGACCUGAAGUCAUCUGAACAUCACAGGAAGGUUCUGGACAGUUUGUAACAACAAGAAGACUGCCUUAACAACUGGUAAUAGCUCAAUGGGAAGAAAGUUGGAUUUAUGAUGAAGACAACAGAAAUGAUUUACUGUACUGUGUGGGAGUGGGUGAUAUCCUGAUGGGAAUACCUACUUCCGUAGCUUUGCUUUUCUCUGUUGAGUUAAAAAUGGCACGAUCUGUUCUCGAAGUUGUUUUUUUUUUUGGUCAAGAAACUGUGGAGGUGUCAGAAUAGCACGGGAGAAAAUUGAAGACAGCAAUGGUUACGUUGCGUAUGAUAAUGUUAACGAAGUUGACGGAAUCAACGCUGAUUGAGUUAAAAAGUUGAAAUUAUGUACGGACAAUUGUUUAUACAGACUUAAGGGACAGAUAGAAACAAUAUUCCGAGUUAGACAGAAAAGUUUAUCAUUAGAAAAUAUAGUAACUGUUUUAUUAACAGCAGAAAGACUGAUAGAAUAUUACUCGAUUUGCCAAUUUUUAUUAAAAUUCAUCAAAUCUA